AUGGUCGUCAAACGCCACAUAGUUCAUCAGUCUUCUAGACCGGCCAAAAAGCUCGACCCCGGCAGUGACCCAAGCAACAUCAUGGGAGACUCAUGGACUCCCACUCCUGGCACAGCUUUCAAACUCCUGAUGUCUGCUCGACUGUGUGCUGCCUUGUGGAGUGUCGUGUCUGACUGUGACGAGACUUUCAACUACUGGGAACCUGCCCAUUUCCUCUGCUAUGGCAGGGGUUUUCAAACCUGGGAGUACUCACCAGCAUAUGCAAUACGUUCUUAUGCAUACAUUCUUCUACAUGUGAUUCCAAUGAAGAUAUGUGCCCUUCUUCUUGGGGAUAACACGAUUCUAGUUUUCUACAUGACCCGCUGUCUGCUGGCUGUGGCGUGUGCGGUGUCUGAGAUGCUCUUCUACAGAGGUGUGUGUCGAGCCUUUGGAUCAAAUAUUGGCCGCCUGACUCUAAUCCUACUUCUGUUUUCUGCUGGCAUGUUUGCUGCGUCUGCAGCCUUCCUACCCAGCAGCUUUUCCAUGUACCUGACCAUGGUGGCAUAUGGGGCUUGGCUCACGGGCGAUGCACAUGUGGCUGUAAUGGCUAUUGCAGCCAGUGCAAUAUUAGGGUGGCCCUUUGCUGCAGCACUGGGAAUUCCCAUUGCUUAUGAUCUGCUGGUGCAACAGAAGAAAGUGAUGUUUUUCCUCAAAUGGUGUACAAUAUCUGUCAUAGUUUUUUUGGUACCAAUGGUUCUUAUAGACAUGCACUUCUAUGGGAAACUGGUGAUUGCACCCCUCAACAUUGUUCUCUACAACGUGAUCAGUGGUCAUGGCCCAGAGCUGUAUGGAGUUGAACCGCUGUCUUUCUAUCUAAUUAAUGGUUUCCUGAACUUCAACUUUGCUUAUAUCCUGGCCUUAGGAUCUCUGCCAUUUUUGCUGUUCUGCUCAUGGUUUCUCAAAAAGUCACCUAAGAGCAAUGUCUGGCUGUCACUCGCCCCUAUGUACAUAUGGAUUGUGAUCUUCUUCACUCGACCACAUAAGGAAGAGAGAUUUCUGUUCCCAAUUUAUCCAUUCUUUGCCCUAGCUGCCGCAAUGGUCCUGGACAUAACACAGAGAGUGCUGCAUUCACUGAUGCCUGAGCAGACGAAGAGAGGCCAUUACACAGACAGCACAAGCUGGCUGGCUGCUGUGUUUUCAUUUGUGUUUGCUACUCUGUCGUUCUCAAGGAUAAUUGCUGUUUAUCAGGGCUACCAUUCUCCGUUGGAUAUCUAUGUGGAGUUGCACAGAGUAGCUUCAGAUUCCAAGAUCCACACACUCCCACCUGGCAAAUCGGUCAAUGUUUGUGUGGGUAAGGAGUGGUAUAGAUACCCAAGUUCUUUUUUCCUGCCUGGACCCAACUGGCAUUUACAGUUUAUAGAGUCAGAGUUCAAGGGACUACUGCCCAAACCGUAUGAGUCGGGAGCAGAUGCAACCAGGAUCAUUCCAUCCGACAUGAACGAUGAAAACAGAGAGGAACCAUCCAGAUAUAUAGACAUCAGUCGCUGCCACUAUUUGAUAGACAGGGACACAGAGAACUGGACACAGUUGGAGCCUCAGUAUUCCUCCAGCUCAAACUGGACAGUUGUUAAACAGGCACCGUUUCUGGAUGUGACCAGGUCGCACAGGUUAUUUCGAGCAUUCUACAUUCCAUUUUUCUCCAACUACCACUGUACCUACACCGCCUAUAACUUGCUCAAAACUACUAGAACCAAGCGGAGCAUCAAGCAACUGAAGAAGUCCUGA